AUGGCAUCUGUUUAUUCUAAUGCUGAGCUCACCGUCGCCGCUACCAUGGCAGGGGAAGGCCUCUUCAGCCGUCGCGAUGGCAAAGAUCAUACCCAAGUCGAUGUUGAUGACACCGACGAGACACUCAUCUUCUUGCGCCGCAGUCUUCCGCAUUUCACGUGGCAAGAUAUGGAGUAUGACUGGUUCGAAAGCGACGAGUUUGUGGACGCAGAACGAGAGUGGCCAUUGCUUUCACGCGGCUGGACGUACCAAGAGCAACUACUCUCCAAAAGGACACUGCACUUCACAAGACACGAGAUUAUAUGGGAAUGCAACAACGCCAUGGAGUGUGAAUGCGGCUGGUAUGUGCAUUCUGGCAUACUAGAAAUGCCUGGAACGACACAAAAGAAGCAGUCUGUCGAGUCCAAAUCGUGGAAUCAGAUUGUCAAGGAGUAUUCAAAGAGAGAGUUGACGUUCGGCACCGACAAGCUACCCGCCCUAGCAGGAAUUGCUAAGGACUUCAGUGAAGGGAACGAUGACCUGGGACAGUAUGCUUGCGGAAUGUGGGAACAGCAACUGGAAAACUCGUUCUUCUGGUCCCUUGCGGAGGACCCGAAGCCGAAGCCUGAUAGCAGCUCUUUGCCUUCGUGGUCGUGGGCGUCUGUGUCCGGGAACGUUUCUUGCUGGGAGGUGUCGGUUGAGAAUGUCGAAUUUCUGGGAGUCAGCGUGUCGUAUAACGGCGAGCCGCUCAUGGGCGAGGCAACAGAGGCGGUUGUGACCUUGUCUGGACCUUUGGUCCAAGCCACGCUUGAGUACGGUCAGAAAUCAUUGGACGAUGUUGAGGCAUCUUCGACAACAGGAGAUGAGAGCCCUGAUCUUGUCAGCAGCCAGGGAGGUCGUCAUUAUAGGCUUCGAGUCGGCGAAAAGUUCUCGACCUUUCGUCCAGAUUACACCCUCGACAAUCCCGGCCCAGCAACCAUCCCGCCUGGCUCUCCAGCAUUCUGCCUCAUCUUUGGCAGAAGCACCUCGAGCUCAUUUGACCCCGAAGAAGGCAUUACAGACGAACAGACUGCUGCUUGUUUCCUCGUUCUUACACCUGUUGACGAAACUAACACUGUGUUCCGACGCAUCGGUCUCUUUGACGGCAGUUGUGAGGAUGGGGAAGAUGUUUGGGAACUGGAACCACUGUUGGAAUUGUCGCAAAAGAAGCAAGUGACUCUGAUAUAG